AAAAUUUUGAUUAGAUCGGCCAUGGUGGCCGCUACGAUAAGUCCGGUAUUUGGCCUAUAAAAGACCAUUACUGGCCGAAACCUACAUUCAGUUGAAGAGUCCCCAACAUGAAGACUAUUUGGCUUUUAGCAUUCUGCGCACUUGCGGCUUCGGCCUACGCUCUUGAGGAAUCUGAGCGUGAGAAUGGAGAGAACGGAUGGUAUGUGCCCAAGCAGGAUGGCACCUUUGAGUGGGUCGACAUGGAUGAAGCUGAGGAGUGGCUGGAACGCCAGGAAAUGGUUGAAGAUCGCGCACUUACCACCACCCCUGUUAAGUUCUAUCUGUACACCAGCUCGAACCCCACCAAGGGCACCAAGAUCACAGCUACCUCCAAGUCCAUCAGCGCAUCCAACUUCAAUGCUGCUAACCCCACCAGGUUUGUCAUCCACGGAUGGACCCAGACCUACAAGUCAGGCAUGAACAAGAACAUUCGUGAUGCUUGGCUGAGCAAUGGUGACUACAACGUCAUUGUCGUGGACUGGGCUCGUGCUCGCUCCGUUGAAUAUGCCUCCUCCGUUGUGGCCGUGCCAAAGGUUGGCAAGAAGGUCGCCGCCAUGAUCAACUUCCUCGUAUCGGACUUUGGCAUGUCCCUCGACGAUCUGUAUGUCAUUGGUCACAGUCUGGGUGCCCACGUUGCCGGUUACACUGGCAAGAACACCAACGGUCAGGUGCACACCAUCAUCGGUCUGGACCCCGCCCUCCCCCUCUUCAACUACAACAAGCCAAACAAGCGUCUAUGCUCCACCGAUGCCUACUAUGUCGAGUCCAUUCAGACCAACGGCGGCACCUUGGGCUUCCUGAAACCCAUUGGCAAGGGCGCUUUCUACCCCAACGGCGGUCAGACUCAACCUGGAUGCCCUCUGGAUGUCACUGGUGCCUGCUCCCAUGGUCGCUCCACCACCUAUUACGCCGAGGCUGUUGCCAAGGACGACUUCGGUACCAUCAAGUGCGAGAACUAUGAGAGUGCUGUGAAGAACAACUGUGGCAGCACCUACAGCUCUGUUCGCAUGGGCGCCGAUACCAAUGCCUACAUGGUCGCUGGUGAUUUCUACGUUCCCGUCAAUAGCAAGGCUCCAUUCGGCAAUAUCAACUAAUGGACUCUUCAAAUAUAGAGUAAUAAAUGCACAUAUA